GCGUAUACACACCGGUUUACAUUGUCAUGAGGCUUACUUCCUUAUAACUAUAUAACUAUCAACAUGAAGAGUACUAGUUCUUUAUAUAUGUUGCCAAGCAUCGUAUUUAUUGCUAGUAUUACAGAGUUGCGUGCUGAAGUUGACCCAUGUCCCUUAAACAUCGACAAUAAAAUAGUGGCAGACAUGUGUUCAGGGGACCACGCAGUUGAAAACAUUGUUGAUGGAACUAUCUUGAGUGACAGUGUAGGUGUACGUGUAUUGAAACAGAAGGCUAAUUGUACAUGUCGUGUCAGUCUAAAUAAUAAUGACGGCAGUUAUUCUGUUAAUAUGGAAAAGUGGUCAGCACAAAAAAAUUCCGCCCCAGAGUUACGGAACUGUGGACUAGCUAUUGAUGUCAAUUAUCGUAAAGCAACAGGAAAAAAUAAAAAUAGUUACCCCAUUAAAUGUAAUACCGGUACUGGUAAUAGAGUAGAGAGAUUUUUUAAAAAGAUGAUGUCAUUGAAAUGAAAUCAAGAAUUAUAAAUGGCACUUUUACUAGAGGAUAUUGUAUGCAGGUAUAUAGAGAUCAUCUUGAAAAUGGCCCGAAAGUACAACUAAUCAUACAGUGUGAUGGUCCUGAAGAAACAACAGACACUGCAGAGAAUGCUGAAACGUCCACUGUAAGAAUUAAAGGAUUCAAUAAGAAGGAAGAGGAUGGAAAGUUAGAAAUGUACAUGUAUUUAGGAGCGGGUGCAGGAGGAGUGCUGGUGAUUAUAGCUGUUAUAUUAAUUAUAUUUUGUAGAAGGAAAAGAUCACAAAAGUCAACAAAAAAAGAAAAACAAAUUGUGUAUGACAAAAAUGAUCCGGAUUCUGAUGAUGGCAAAUUAAAGGAUAACAUUCUAUAUGUCUCUGCAGACCAACAUGCUAUAGUUGACGACGGAUAUUACAAUACUGUAGAUUCAGAAAAGAAACCGGUCGUCAAUUUCGGCGUAUCGAACACAAAAACGCAACAUAUAUCUACCUUUGACAAUAGUAAUAAUGAGUAUGCCGUGGUAGAUAAAGGGAGUCAAUCUGGUAGUGUUAAACAUUCUUCUACUUUGAAGGUGAGGAAUAGCAGUGAAAAAGACAUGGAGAUGGCUAGUAUACAUGUAGAUCAAACAUAUACAGUAAUCGAUAAAACAAAUAGGGAGAAAGCUGAUGAAUGAAAAAAAAACAAAUAGUAAAGGUUGCCAGACUUUUAAAUUGGAGAUCUCUGACUGGAAUUCGUAUUUUGCAGUUAAAAUGCGUUUGCAA